AUGGGAAACACUCAAGUAGAGGUGCAGCUACAGUUCAACAAUUCCGUAUCGACUGAUCAAAUUCCAGAAGCUGAUGUGGUGGUAGACACAUUGAACCAGAAACAACUACCCGUGUAUCCACAACUCAAGGGCCAACAACCAUCCUGGUACCACCAACGAAUGGACCAACAACUGCAGUCACUUCAGUUCCAUCGCCAGUUGUGUCUAUUGAAGCAACUAUUGAGGAACUUUUUGUUCAAGAAUUUAAUGAUCCCAACAUGUGACUUCAUUUUCUUUGAAACGUUUGGAGGUAUUUUCAUCAGAACCAUUGUUAUUGGAUUCAGGCCACAAAUCGGAAACACUCAAGUAGAGGUGCAGCUACAGUUCAACAAUUCCGUAUCGACUGAUCAAAUUCCAGAAGCUGAUGUUGUGGUAGACACAUUGGUACAGGCUGUAAAUAGUCCCAACAACACUUUCAAUCUUACUUUGGAUUCAGACUCAAUAGCAGUCGUUCAGCCAGAAACAACUACCCGUGUAUCCACAACUCAAGGGCCAACAACCAUCCUGGUACCACCAACGAAUGGACCAACUAACAGUACACCAACGACCACUCAUGGACCAACAACUGCAGUCACUUCAGUUCCAUCGCCAGUUGUGUCUAUUGAAGCAACUAUUGAGGAACCUUUUGUUCAAGAAUUGAAUGAUCCCAACAGUGAACAAUACCAAACUCUUCAAACACAAGUGAUAUCAAUGUGUGACUUCAUUUUCUUUGAAACGUUUGGAGGUAUUUUCAUCAGAACCAUUGUUAUUGGAUUCAGGCCACAAAUGGGAAACACUCAAGUAGAGGUGCAGCUACAGUUCAACAAUUCCGUAUCGACUGAUGAAAUUCCAGAAGCUGAUGUGGUGGUAGACACAUUGGUACAGGCUGUAAAUAGUCCCAACAACACUUUCAAUCUUACUUUGGAUUCAGACUCAAUAGCAAACCAGAAACAACUACCCGUGUAUCCACAACUCAAAGGCCAACAACCAUCCUGGUACCACCAACGAAUGGACCAACUAACAGUACACCAACGACCACUCAUGGACCAACAACUGCAGUCACUUCAGUUCCAUCGCCAGUUGUGUCUAUUGAAGCAACUAUUGAGGAACCUUUUGUUCAAGAAUUUAAUGAUCCCAACAUGUGACUUCAUUUUCUUUGAAACGUUUGGAGGUAUUUUCAUCGGAACCAUUGUUAUUGGAUUCAGAACCAGAAACAACUACCCGUGUAUCCACAACUCAAGGGCCAACAACCAUCCUGGUACCACCAACGAAUGGACCAACAACUGCAGUCACUUCAGUUCCAUCGCCAGUUGUGUCUAUUGA